AUGCAAUUCUCCGCAGCCCAACAAUCAUACCAACAUUCUGGUAUUGAAUCGAAUAAUAUCGACAAUGUCGAUUCUAUGGCUGCUAUGGCCCAUCGAGGCAAAUCACUCCCUGGAAUUCCUAGUUUUGAUUCCCAUUCCAGUAAAAGGCAAUGGCAAUUGGAACAUAUGGCAGGUGCAUUCCGAGUAUUUGCGCGUAACGGCUAUGCAGAAGGCAUAUCUGGACACAUCAGUGUCCGCGAUCCCGAGUUCGAGAAUCGAUUUUGGAUCAACCCACUCGGGGUUCACUUUGGAAUGUUGAAGGCCAGUGACAUGAUUUGUGUAACUCUGAAUGGGGAUGUAGUUGCCGGGAAUAUGGCUGGGUCUAUCAACGCCGCUGGUUUCCAGAUCCACAGUGCAGUUCACCGCUCGCGCAAGGAUGUGCAUGCCAUAUGCCACACUCACUCGAUUCAUGGCAGGGCUUGGUCUGCAUUUGGAAAGCCACUUGAGAUGAUCAAUCAAGAUGUUUGCUACUUCUAUAAGGCCCAUUCGGUGUAUUCAGAUUACGGGGGCAUUGCCAACGAGUCAUCCGAGGGACAAAGAAUCGCUGAAAGCUUGGCAGAUGGGAAAGCGGUUAUUUUGUUGAAUCAUGGGCUUCUCACGGUUGGUGAGACGGUGGAUGAAGCGGCUUUUCUCUUUUGUUUGAUGGAACGGAGUUGUCAAGUUCAGCUUUUAGCUGAUCGGACGGAGUUUGAGAAGAAAAAUGUGAGCGAGAAAGAAGCCGCCUACAAUUUUAAGAUGGCCAGCACUCCGGAGACCCUUUUUGCGGAGUUUCAGCCUGACUAUCAGUACGAAGAGUACUUGAGUGGCAACACUUUCAAAUCCUAA